AUGUAUGCUCAGGGUACUAAAAGCGGGAUGGAGGAAAUAGGGGUGGGUAAUGAGAAUUUAAAAGAAGGAACCAGCUUGAAGAAUGGGGGUUUUGUUUCUGUUACUGGGGAAUCAAGUGAAUGUACUAAGAGUGGGGAGCAAAAGCUGGAUAACAAGAAUCAGGUUAAAGAACAGGAUGGUGAGAAAAAGGGUGAAGGAAGUGGAUUGAAAACGUGGGCAUCGGUGGUAUCGAGUAAUGUAACAAAGACUUGGAAGGACGUUCAAGGAAUCACUGAGCGCCCAACAAAUUUGGAGGAAAGGGCUCAGAGAGCUGGAGUGGUACCUAAUUUCUGUGAAGGGAGGGGAGACUGGGGAGAUAAUGAUGAGGAGAUGGAACAGAAUGAUACUGAGGAUGUCAUGUCUGAUGAAAAUGAGCCUUUUCUUGACUUCAAUGUGCAAAAUGAAAGACGGGUCUUGGGGGAUGUUACGAAUGUGGAAUUUCACAGGAGAAGAGAUGUAGAGGAAAUGGGGGGAAGGAAAAAAGGACUGUGGAAGAAACAAGCAAGAAUGGGUACAAAGAAUUAG